AAUAUUACGGUGACUGUCGAGGCAAGUCCUUUUUUACAUCUCCGUUUCCCUUCCUCGCACUUUGGUUUGGGCACGUGAGAUGAAACAGAAAACUAUUUUCGGUUUUUGCAAUGAAAAUUCCGCCAUGGAUUUCUGCGACUGGAGCUCUAAAUAUGAUUCUCAUGAUCUACUUGCAGUGAGGAGUUUGGUAGCACGGUACAGAACUUCGGGCAAGCCAAAUAUAGGGAUUUAGUUCAUUCCGAGUGUUGGUUCUUCUGCGAGAUGGGCUUUUCAUUACUGGUAUUUUAAUUGAGGUGGAUAGAAUUGCUAAGCGUUGAGUUUGGAAUGUUCGAGAUGGUAAUUUUUGAUGCGAGAAUCUUUUCCGGUUUUAGUUUUUUCGUGUAGACAUUGCAAUUUUAAGGGGCCAUUCUGGAAAUACGUUAAGUAUGGAUUUCACCUGUAGUUUGCGGCAGCCAAAUGUGCUUCCUCGUGGUGAAAGUUCAAGUUCCAGGACGUCUGAUUAUCUUAAUCCGUGCCUUAGGUUUAAGUGCAGAAGUUUUGAUUAUAGGCAUAUUGGAUAUCCGAGGGUUGUUUCAACAGGAUGCACUUCAAAGAAGAUGAAGAGAGUUGUGAGUAGUUGUGUUGCGCGUCGUGGAGGAGAGCUUGAUAGAUUUUUGUGGGCUUCACCUUUAAAAGGGUCUGUCGAUGGCAAUUUAGGUUAUCUUUUGAGGUUGACGAGGGAAGCAACGCGGUUACAGUGUCAAGGCAAUGAUUCUUUAGCGUUUGUUGAUAGCAAUGGUUUAAACGCUGAAUUCCUAAACAGUCCUAAUGGGGAAAUGAAAAGCUUAUCCCCAGAGAACUCACAAACAGGGUCCGUUUCUGAUGCAGAACCAAAAGGUUUAGCAGAGGAAGCGGCUGAGACACCUAGUGUAGAUGACUUGAGGGAAUUGCUUCAGAAGGCUAUCAGGGAAUUGGAAGUUGCUCAGCUUAACAGUACGAUGUUCGAGGAAAGGGCUCAAAAGAUAUCGGAGGCUGCAAUUGCCCUGAAAGAUGAAGCAACGAAAGCCUGGAAUGAUGUAAAUUCUACUCUUAACUCCAUUCAAGAAAUCAUCAGUGAAGAAGAUGUUGCCAAGGAAGCUGUUCAGAAAGCAACCAUGGCCCUGUCUAUGGCUGAAGCAAGGCUUCAGUUGGCAGUAGAAUCUCUAGAGACUGCAAAAGGAACAAAUGAUUCUCCAGAGGUUUAUACAGAAAGUAAUGCAGAAAACAUAAAAAGUGUAGAAGCAUCAAGCUCAUUACGGAACGAUCAAGAGACACUUUUAGUGAACCAGAAUGAAAUUAGUGAUUGUAGAUCUACUUUGGAAAAUUGUGAGGCAGAGUUAAGACGUGUAAGGAGCAGAAAAGAGGAGCUACAGAAGGAAGUGGACAAGUUGAGUGAGGUUGCAGAGAAAGCACAAAUGGAUGCAUUGAAAGCAGAGGAAGAUGUAGCAAACAUAAUGCUUCUUGCUGAGCAAGCUGUUGCUUUAGAACUUGAGGCUAUGCAACGCGUAAAUGAUGCAGAGAUUGCUUUGCAGAAGGCAGAGAAGCUUCUGUCCAAUUCCAAUGUUGAUGCAUCAGACACUUUGAUGGAAUCUUCAGAACAAGGACAUAAGUUGAGUGACGAAUCUCUUGUUGAGGAGGACAGGGUGACUCAAGGAUUUUCUGGUGAUGUUAUUGUUGAAAAAGAGAGUGAUGGAUCAGAUGGGGAUGCUUAUCUGGGUGGUGAACCUUCAUUGGACCACCAACCUGAUAUAACUGAAGAGACUUUUGAAGAGUUAAAACUAUCUGGUGAUUUACAUGAUCAAAAUAACGGGAAACUAAAUGUGGAUUCUAAUAAAGAGGCUGAACAUGAAGCUGAAAAGUCGAAGAGUGUGGUUCAAACAAAGAAGCAGGAGCUGCAGAAGGAUUUGACUAAAGACGGUUCAACUCUUAGUGCUCCCAAAGCAUUGCUGAAGAAGUCCUCUCGUUUUUUCUCUGCAUCAUUUUUCUCUUUCUCAGUAGAUGGGACUGAGUACACACCAGCUUCAGUGUUCCAUAGUUUCAUUGCAUCUGCAAAGAAGCAAUUGCCCAAACUGGUCAUCGGGGUGUUGCUUGUUGGGGCUGGGAUUACUUUUCUUAUUAAUCGAGCAGAGAGGAGUUCUCAGCUGCUUCAGCAGCCAGAUGUUGUAACUACUGGUAUUGGAGAAGUGUCCUCAAAUGCAAAGCCUUUACUGCGAGAAAUACAUAGAUUUCCUAAGAGAGUGAAGAAGAUAAUUGAGAUGUUACCCCACCAAGAGAUAAAUGAGGAGGAGGCUUCCCUCUUUGAUAUGCUCUGGUUACUCCUUGCAAGUGUUAUAUUUGUGCCCAUAUUUCAGAAAAUUCCUGGAGGGAGUCCUGUACUUGGUUACCUGGCUGCUGGUAUCUUGAUUGGGCCAUAUGGUCUUUCUAUUAUUCGCCAUGUUCAUGGGACAAAGGCGAUUGCUGAAUUUGGAGUUGUUUUCUUGCUAUUUAAUAUUGGCCUUGAGCUCUCUGUGGAAAGAUUAAGUUCCAUGAAGAAAUAUGUUUUUGGAUUAGGUUCUGCCCAGGUCCUAGUUACUGCAGUGGUGGUUGGCUUGGUUGCUCAUUUUGUUUCUGGGCAGCCUGGUCCUGCAGCAAUUGUUAUUGGGAAUGGACUAGCAUUAUCUUCAACAGCUGUUGUCCUGCAGGUGUUGCAGGAACGAGGUGAGAGCACAUCACGUCAUGGGCGUGCUACUUUUUCUGUUCUACUAUUUCAGGACUUGGCUGUUGUGGUGUUGCUAAUACUGAUCCCUCUUAUUUCGCCAAAUUCUUCCAAAGGAGGGGUUGGUUUUCAGGCCAUAGCAGAAGCUCUUGGAUUAGCAGCUGCUAAGGCAAUUGUUGCUAUCACUGCCAUAAUUGCUGGUGGGCGCUUGUUGCUUCGACCAAUUUAUAAGCAAAUUGCAGAGAAUCAAAAUGCAGAGAUAUUUUCUGCAAAUACACUCCUUGUUAUUCUAGGGACUAGCCUGCUUACAGCAAGGGCUGGGCUUUCUAUGGCACUAGGAGCAUUUUUGGCUGGCUUGCUUCUUGCAGAAACUGAAUUUUCCUUGCAAGUGGAAUCAGAUAUUGCACCAUAUCGUGGGCUUCUGUUGGGUCUCUUCUUCAUGACGGUUGGGAUGUCCAUUGAUCCGAAACUUCUUGUGUCAAAUUUUCCAGUUAUUUUGGGAACACUGGGACUCUUGAUUAGUGGCAAGGCUAUAUUGGUUGCUUUAGUUGGUAGACUUUUUGGUAUUUCAAUCAUAGCUGCAAUAAGAGUUGGUCUUCUUCUUGCACCUGGUGGAGAGUUUGCAUUUGUAGCUUUUGGGGAGGCUGUUAAUCAGGGAAUACUGUCAUCUCAACUUUCAUCUUUGCUGUUUCUGGUUGUGGGCAUCUCUAUGGCCCUCACACCAUGGCUGGCAGCUGGAGGUCAACUAAUUGCAUCUCAGUUUGAACAGCAUGAUGUUAGAAGUUUAUUGCCAGUAGAGAGUGAGACAGAUGACUUACAAGACCAUAUUAUCAUUUGCGGAUUUGGACGUGUUGGACAGAUCAUUGCACAACUUCUUUCUGAACGAUUAAUUCCAUUUGUUGCUCUUGAUGUCAGGAGUGAUCGUGUAGCAGUUGGGCGUGCACUUGAUCUUCCUGUAUAUUUUGGAGAUGCAGGGAGUCGAGAGGUCCUCCAUAAAGUUGGUGCUGAAAGAGCAUGUGCUGCUGCCAUAACUUUGGAUACUCCAGGUGCAAAUUAUAGAACAGUAUGGGCUCUAAGCAAAUAUUUUCCCAAUGUGAAGACUUUUGUCCGUGCCCAUGAUGUUGACCAUGGUCUCAAUUUGGAGAAGGCAGGGGCAACAGCGGUUGUCCCAGAGACCCUUGAACCAAGUCUACAGUUAGCAGCUGCAGUUCUUGCACAGGCUAAGCUGCCCACGUCAGAAAUUGCAGCUACAAUCAAUGAGUUUAGGACCCGCCAUCUCUCUGAACUUACUGAGCUAUGUGAAGCUAGUGGAAGUUCUCUUGGCUAUGGUUUUUCAAAGGUCAUGAGCAAGCCCAAGUCUCAGGCCCCAGAUUCUGCAGAUGACGAUCAAGUAAUUGAAGGAACACUUGCAAUAUAAUAACUGCUCUGACAGAAAGCAAAGAGGGAAAAUUAAAAAAAAAAAAAAAAAGAGAGAAAAAACUUUGAGAAUUGUACAGAUUGUUUAUUCUACUGAUAUAAUUUGUACAGGAAUAUAUGGGAGAAAACAGCAAAAGCAUGCCGUGUUCACAAAUAACCGCCCUUUUGAUUGAUUUUUUGAUGUUUAUUUGAAAAAUCUUUGACCCAUUUUUUUUAAUUUUCUCGUAAAUUGGAGAGUUGUACUUGCUCCUCGGAGUUGAAUGAAUUCCUGAUACCCAGUUGAAUGCUUUAUCCAAGAAAAAAAUUCUUAAGA